AUGAAGUUCAGACGGGCAGAAGAUGAAGUGCAGACGGGCUGCGGGCAGAAGAUGAAAAGUGGUCGUCGUGUUCGUCGUCACCAGCUUCAUUGUCGUGCCCUCCGCCGCCUGACACGAACGCCGUCGCUUGUCCACCGCUUGCUCCUCUACCCCAUCCGGUACGCCCUCAUGGACGCCGACACUGCGCCACCCGCCCACCUCUCGCCCGCUGAUGCUCGUCUUGUUUCGGCGUUCCAAGACUUGGAAUGUAUGAUAAAGGAUGAAUUCAUGGAAGCUGAAGAGCUAGACAGUGAAUCGUCGUGUCAUGUGCAUAUGCAAAGCUAUAAACUUAUAAAGACUCAUGAUGUUGUUGAAACCACACUGGCAAUGGACAAUUAUUGCAGGGCUUGCGAUUGUGAGAAAGGUGCUGGAAAAAUGGCAGAAGGUAUCGACUUUGACAGACAUUAUGGCAAACUUGUAAUAAUGCUUGGUGUUUCUUUCCAGUACACACUGAGCAGAAUAUUUAUAUUGAUGGCAAGGCUGGAGUAUUUGCGCGAGACUUUCCAAAUAAAAGAGUACUUUAUUUCGUAUAUGCUGAGUCGCCGACAUAUUUUGCUUGUUCAGAGACAAGCCGCCCAGUGUGUGGGGUGUGUUAUCCGACCAAAGGUAGAUUAUGGAAUGAUGAUUUUUGCUGGCAAGAGAAUAGACGCGAUAAUCGACCGUGUUUGGGGAAGUGUUUUUGUGUUGGGGGCCUGGGGCAGAAAUUUUGUG